AUGGACAACAAAGAGCGCAGUGAUGUAGAGACAAAUGAUUUAGAGUCUCCGGAAGAGCCGAAUGAACAGCAGCAGAAUGAUACUGGUAGCAACAAUAUUGACAAAAAUCCAAACGUUUUCGAACUGAUCAUGAGCAAGAUAACAGAGACAUUCAAAGGCCUAGUUUCAUCAUCUCCACCCAGAUCUGGAGCAGCAGGAGUAUCAAGACUAUAUGCUGGUGCUUCCGUCAUGUUUCUUGGGCAGCCAUAUCCCUCAACAUCAGACAUCAAGUUUCUCGAUGAUUUCGAAUCUCGUCCAUGGAUCACAUACAGACACUCCUUUCCACCGAUACAGCCAAGCUCAUAUACUUCUGAUGUCGGCUGGGGCUGUAUGCUGCGUAGUGGGCAAAUGAUGUUGGCAAACGCCUUUAUCUAUCACUACUUGGGCCGUUCGUGGAGACGAUCACAGCUAAGGCUAGAUCGCAACUCGUGGAAUUCAUAUGUCAAGAUAUUAUCAUGGUUUGCUGAUUCCAACACUAGUCCAUAUUCUAUACAUCGUGUUGCUCUUAUGGGUCGACAGUUUGAUAAGGAAAUUGGGGAAUGGUUCGGUCCUUCUACCAUAUCUCAAGUACUCAAAGUUCUGGUACAGCAUCACAAAGAAACAGACUUGAAUAUACACGUUGCUAGUGAUGGUGUCAUUUAUCGAACAGACUUAACAUCCAUAUGGGCAAAGGACGGUGACCCCACACAAUCGCCAUCACCUGUAUCUGUCUUGAUUCUGAUUCCAUUAAGGCUCGGUCUGGAUCAGCUCAAUCCUGUAUAUUUUCCUGCCCUGCAGUCGUGUUUUGAGAUACCGCAAUGUGUUGGAAUUGCUGGUGGCAAGCCAAACCAUUCCUUGUUUUUUGUUGGUGUGGAAUCAGAUAAAUUGGUAUUUCUAGAUCCCCAUCAUCUGAGGCCGACUGUGGAAGUUAAAGACAUGGCGUCUUACACUCCAGAGGAUUUGGAUAGCUACCAUUGCCCAAGUGCUAGACUAGCUCCCAUCGCAUCUGUGGAUCCUUCGCUAGUCAUUGGAUUUUAUUGCAAGAACGAGGAAGAAUUUGAUGAGUUGUGUGCUCGAUGUCAAACGAUAUCACAAGGAAAGACUCCCUUGUUUACAAUAGCCGAGUCGCCGCCAAAUUAUGAAGAGUCGGUCGAUGUUGUUUCUGACGAUGAAUUUUGA